UAAUUUACAAAUAGUCACAAAAAGUCUCAAAAUUAUAAUCAAUUCGUCUUGGUAAAAGCACCAAGUAUAGGUUCGGGUUAAGCUAGGUAUGUAUCACGUCGGCAUAUGUGAUAUUUCUUGUAUAUACUUAUACCUCACCAAAAUAGAUGAUAUUUGUAGAAGCUGUAAAAUAAAAAAAAGUCUUUCGAAUUCUGUAAAACUCAAGUACACGUAAACAUGUUAAUAAAUGCUCAUUUCUAGUUUAAACUUUCUUUGAUUAUCAAAAUCUGUAAAGAAAUUGUCAUGGCUGAUGCUGCUGCUAAAAGGGAACUUCGGAGAAGGCGUAUUUUGGAAAAUUCAGAAAGCCGAUUACAACGAAUUACUGGAAGAGUUAAAGAAAGAACGACAGAAGUUUUAUUUGAUUAUUUUACAGAAAAGUCAAAUAAUGGUAUAGCGGAUUCAAGGCCAAGAACAGACAAUGGUUUUGCCAAUACUAAUAAUUCCUUUAUAAAAGAAAGUGAAGUAAUAUUAGAACAAAAACAUAAAGAUUUUUUAAAGCGAGAUAACAGUUCUGAUCUACAUGAUUUGGAAUUAACUGAAUCUGAUGUGCUUUAUCAACAACCAGAUAAUCAUUUCACACCAAAUCAUUUAAAUCUCCAAUAUAAUUUAAAAGAAGACAAAGAAGAUUAUGAAUUAAACUUGAAGUCAAAAACAACUGCAGCAGAUCGAGCAACUCUUGAGCAAUGCCAAUAUUCUUUAUUUUAUAAAUUAUUUUUCAGUCCAUUUGCCAGCAUUUUUCUUGCUGUAUUUGUAAAUAUUUUAUCUUUAGCAAAUGUAGAUUUCACGUUGUACAAGGGUAUACUGACACCUUAUUUUAUAAUGGCUACGACUCGGUUGUGCCUUGGUAAAAAGUCUGAAGAAUCUCAAGGUAGUAGCAUGUUAAUGGCUGCUUUAAUUUUGUGCAACAUUAAGCCUGAAAUUGUACGAAUUCUUAAAAAAAUGAUUGCAUUUUAUAGUACAGCUGUUAAAGAUUUUGCAGUAUAUUUAACAAGCUUUGUGCUAAUUAACUGGAUUAUUUCAAUUUUUCGACCUGAUCUAAGUUAUUUGCAAUUUUUUUAAUAAAAUUAUAAACAUCGUUUUUGUACAGAUAAAAUGAGUUAAUUUCUUAUACAAAUAAUAAAAAUAAGGGACUUAAAAAUAUGUAAAGCUAUUUAUUAUUUUAUAUAAAUUUAUUUUAAAGUAUUUAAUUUGUGUAUGAGCAUUCAGUCAUAAUCAUAAUUAUUAAAAAUCAUGUACAAAAUACUGAACUUCAUGCAGUAGUUUUACUUGAUUGCUUCUUAGUCGAUGAAA